ACUUAGAAGGUAAGCACAUAACAGUUUUGUUUCUUUUACUAGUAGUAGGAAGAAAACCUUGUAAAAAUAGUCAAAUAAAAACAAAACACAGUUGCACUGAGUGAGUUUCUGUUUCUUUAUCGUUAUUCUGUUUUUAGCUGAAACAAAGUGUCUUCAGUUAGUUAAGAAAAAAAAAGAAGAAACGUUUUGAUUUCUACUUCAUUUGCUAAGAUCAAGAUCCAAUCUAAGAUGGGUCGUUACGUAGAAUGUCUUCGUCUUUGUGAUCUUUGACGAGGACAUGGCGUCUUCUCAGGUAGAUUCGAUCACAUCUUUGCGAUCUAAUCUCGGAUGUAUCCUCAGAGAUCGCAACAGAAGAAACAUCAAGAAGACUCUGAACGCACAAGUGAAACAUGCGGCUAUCUCCGACAAGAACUCGCAUAACAGAGUCGAUUCUUGGACAGGGAACAAGUUGAGAAAGAAGAGCAAAAGCCGUCUUGGAUCGCCGGAGAAACCACGUGUCGGAAAGGGUAAGAACUUUUCAGACAGCACGAAACAUUCGAAGAGAGGAGCUUCUUCUCUCGUGCAGAUAUGGGAGGCACGGCUGAGUCGAUCCAACGGCGGAAACUCGCCGAUCCGCGGCCAAGAAACAGAGAGAAGUUUUGGAGGAGCGAGCGUUCAGGAGGAAACCAACCUUUCUGCUCCCUCCAUCGACGGCGAAUCUGAGUCGGAGAACGAGUCGAAGGAUCAUGAUCCAACGGUGGAGAUUGAAUCCGAGACUCUCCACUCGGUUCCUGACUCCGGAGAGAGCAAAUGGGGCAGAGUCGCUGAUAUUAUCCGGCGACUGAAGCUAACCGCCGGCGAUAAUGUCGGCGCCGUCGACAUGCCGGUUGCGAAAACGUAUUUGCCGGAGUUUGCUUGUUCGGCGCGGCGACUCCGAGGGCGGCAAGCUUUCACCUAUUUGCUAACGCGUCUGGAACGCGAACGUUACAGGGAGCUGGAGUCGCUUCUUGAACGCAACGCAGUUUCUAAAUUUCCUCAACGCGGUCGCCUCCAGUCAAUGUUGCGGCUAAGGAGCCUCAAACGCGGCCUAGCGAUUCAAGAUCGUCAUCGGUCGUCGAGCGCAAAAUCACCUGACAUGGAUCGCCUAAAACCUGGCUUUACAGUUCUCCACCUAAGGGAGAGAUUCCGAGCAAACGCCGCUUCUUCCACAGAACAAUUAAGCCUUCCAAACCACAGGAUAGAGGAGGCAAUGCUAGGCAAGAAAGAAACUGAAUCAAAUCUGAGUUGCCUUCAGCUGCAAGAGAUUAUAUUACCAGAAGUCUUGAGCAUAAAAUCUGAUAACACUAGCCCCUGCUGCACCAGCGUAACUCAUUUAGAGAACACGGUAGAAACCGGUACGCAGGGAAGUCAAGAAGCACGGUUACUUGAGACACAAGAAACGUCGUACGGAUGGGAAGAGCAAGAAGAGUAUGAGGAUGAACAAUCUUAUUAUGAAGAAAUGAACUAUAACUGGUUUAGAGAAAUAUCUCAGCCUCGGACUUAUUGGGAAGAUCUGAGGAAAUUGAGGUACUUGGAAGUGAUGAACACGAGAUCUGACAAUGAUGAUAUCUGCAGACUCCUUGAGAGACCGGUUUCUGAUUUCCUCCAGAGCGGGUUGCGAGAGAAGAUCGAUAAGCUCAUAAUGUCCCGUGUACCGACACAUCCGGUUCAGCUGAUAGACGAAGCUAGUAAAGAGGAACAGAAAUGUAUCAUAGGCAAAGAGGAUGAUGACUUGAGCCACACGUCAUCAGUUUCAUGGAGUUCUCAGGACACAGGAGUUACUUCCACACCUGACUUAUUACCUCAGCACAAUCUCCAGGCCAAUGAGGUGGAGACUAUAAGAGAAAUGAGAUCACAGAUCUUACAGCUACAGAUAGAAAUGUCGGAGCUAAGAGAAUCUGUCAAAACGUGUUUGGACGUAAACGCUAGCCUUCAAAAGUCAGUUCACCGUGAAAAUCCACUGAAACGCAAUUGCUACGUUUGUAACGAGACGCAAGUUGAUACACUUCUAUACAGGUGCGGCCACAUGUGCGCAUGUCUGAGAUGCGCCAACGAACUGCAAUGUAAUGGAGGGAAAUGCCCUAUUUGUUGUGCUAAGAUCCUUGACGUUGUUCGAGUCUUCGUCGAUUCAAGAACCUAAAACUAAUAAAACCAACGGUUCAAAACGCUAACGAUACUCUUCACUUAACACAUGUUUCCUUUUUGUUGUAUAACUUUUUUCUCUUCCUUUGUUUGCUUUUAAGUUUGACUGGAGUGCGUUUGCGCUUUGGAUCUGCGUCCAAGAUUCAUAUAUAGGUGGAAUUAAUAACCGAACCUCUUUUCCUGACGUUGAAGUUUUCUUCUUGUAAAGACAUAACACUACACAUGCAUUUCUACUUUCCUUCCAUCAAAGUUUGUACGAGGUUGAAAAGUUUAGUAUUUUUAGUAUUUACCGUUUGUGUACCAAUAUAAAAACAAUGACAGAAACAUGUUCAAAGCAUUGUUUUACUGA